CUAACUACUGUUAUUCAUCCUUACGUGGUUUGACAGCGCGCGACGUGUGAGCAGACGACAGAAUGAGUUUAUUUCCCGCCAUUGACGGGCACAUAGCUACAAUCACUCAACCCGAACUACCACCUCAAGACGAUAAACACAAGAUAUCGAUCGGUCGACGGAUUUUAGCAUCUACAAAACAUUUCGGAAAAUCAAAAUGUGAUUUUAUCCAUACAAUGAUUCGGGGAUUUAGACGAUACCGAAGGAUCUAUACAUUCUGGAUGCUCGUCGGAUGCAUCGCCUUAAUUUUGGUUUACAUCACAAAUAGUUUUCAUUUAAAAUGGGGCAUAUCGGAACAGAGCAAAGUUUACCGACGUUCUAAUGAUGGCGAGAUCGACAUCGCACUUCCGCCGUCCAACUCCAACAACAACUUUGUUGUGGAGACCGCUGACGACUCUAGUCAUUUGUCGAAAACUCUCCCGGAAUUACCUAUUCAGCCACCCGCCCGCGCGUUUGGCAGACCUCUAAUUCUUCAUUACGUUUGGUGUGGUCAGCGUUUAUUUGAGUUCCGGCACUAUCUCUCGGUAAAGAGUGCGUCUAGAAUCAUUGCGCCGUACAAGAUAUUGUUUCAUUAUGUCGAUUUACCGCUUCAAGACACGGAAGGUUAUUUCACGUGGUUUAAUCAGACACUGAAAGAAGUUCCGGAUAUAAUUUUACACAAACUGGAGAGAACGACUUGUCCAUCUUAUGGAACCAACCGCUAUCUCCUAAUUCUAGAUCUUCUGUACGAAUACGGCGGCGUUUACGUCCCCGACGACGUUUUACUUCUACAUUUUCCCGGUAAACUGAGAACUGUGACGUUUGUUUCGAACGUUGUGGUCAUCCAAGCGGAUGAUUACAAAGAAGGUAUUAUUGUUGCUAAAGCACGAGGGUUUUUUGUGCCGACUGAUUCUGAGCAUCUGUUUUUGCGCCUGACGUCUGAAGAUCCGCAAACGCCAAAACUUCCUCGCUGUGUCAGUACAGAACUGUAUGAAAAGACAUCAAAUCACAACAUCAUGUGUGCGUAUAUCUCGCGGAUGAUCUUUCCAAAAGAUAUAUGGGCAGCUAAUACUAAAUUCGCCAUGAUGGCCAGAGUUAUCGCUUACAACAAAUUGAAUAUCCAGCCAACUUACGACCUGACGCAUCCGUUUCCGAAAAUAGGUCAUUAUAUAUGUGUUGAUACAUGCGAGAUAGAAUUUAUCACUUUUAUAAGCAUGCUCAGUGCUGUGCAUCUGGCUAAGUUAGAUCGCGUGUAUGUUCACGGACCACAAACGCCCUCUGGUCAGUGGUGGGCAAAACUCCAAGAAGACGCACGAUUCGUUUACGUCAAACACGUUCCGACGUCAUACGACACAGAUAAUGUUCAUAGUUUAACCAGGGAUCCGUGUCCGUUACGAAUUGAAAUUCUGUUACGUUACGGCGGCGUUUAUCAGGACGGUAACGUUUUGUGGACCAAUCAAAUUCCAGAUUAUUACUUUGGAUACGAGGCUGUUGUGUCGCCUGAUUGGCAUCUCUAUGGCAACUGGCCUGAUUCGAUCAAUCCUAGCGUCUUAAUGGGUAAACAAGGCUCCCGCUAUUUGACAAAAUUAUACAAGGCCUUGAAAUCUCCAUUAUACGCACCCAACUGGUUCUACGACCAUUACUCAGCCUAUAAGAUCAUAGAACUCGACCCGGAAAGCGUUUUCUUAGACCGGCGUCUGCAGGUAAAAUGUUUGAAUCACAACUGUCAUCCCACGUGGUUGCAGGAUUACAGAUCAGAAAUUCACCAAAACAAACCCGGAAGCUACUUCGAGUGGAGAAAUGACACCCUAUCAGUUCACUGGGAGGACAGCGUGCCCAAGUUAGAUCUGGAUAUGAUUAAAUAUUUAAGCGGUACCCCAGUCGAAAUUAGCAGACAGGUCUUCCAAGCCGCUAACAUUGAUGUGAACACCCUGUGAGCUUAUAAAUAUUUAAGCAUUACCCCAGUCGAAAUUAGCAGGCAGGUCUUCCAAGCCGCUAACAUUGAUGUGAACACUCUGUGAGCUUAUAAAUAUUUAAGCGGUACCCCAGUCGAAAUUAGCAGACAGGUCUUCCAAGCCGCGAACAUUGAUGUGAACACUCUGUGAGCUUAUAAAUAUUUAAGCGGUACCCCAGUCGAAAUUAGCAGACAGGUCUUCCAAGCCGCUAACAUUGAUGUGAACACUCUGUGAGCUUAUUUUAAUCACAAGCGCCUGUGACAUGGAAACCGUCUUCAUUAGCCCAGUCGGAACAGAACAGUAGGACGUUAAACCCAAUUUCAUUUCAUUUUAAUUUUUGUGACAUAGAAAACCUCUUUCAAAAAAUUGGUUUCGCUAAGCGUUGUGUCUUAAGUCCAUUACGUUCAUGUUCGUAAGCAAGAUUAUCAAAUUCAGGGGCAAAUAACUCGCCUGAAACUGAUUCUCCGUCAAUUGAUAUAUUAAUUUUGAAAGAGAUUUUCAGGGUUACAGGCGCCUGUGGUUUUAAUGUGCAAUCUAUGUGAUUUAGUCAGCAGUUCCGGUGUGAUUGUUUGAAUUGUUAUUUUUGGAAUAUAAUAGUAGGGAUAUAUAAUAUAGCCUACAACUCAUCCAGCGGAUCCAGGUUGGAGUGGGGGUGGUGCUAGGGGUCCGCCACCCCCAACUCCCCUACUAAAUAACAGUAUACAUAAUUCACUUUUUAGCCUGGUCUAUGAAACGUGUAAAUUUGGACUUGUUGUUGGUCGGAUUGAUGCAUUCUGUACAUCGCCGCAGAGACCAUGGUCCUCAUGACGAUUCCCCGCUUGUACGUGACAAAGAGUAGGGUCGCCUGUCCAACCUCAUGGGUUUUCUCCGGGUCCUACUGCUAAAGACCCUUAUGGGCAAGCGAAUUAUUGAAAUAAAGUUGAACCAUGUGUUAGUAACGAAAUGAUCUAGUUAGUAUCGAGUGGACGUUAAACACCCCCUCUCUCUCUCUCUCUCUCUCUCUCUCUCUCUAUCUAUCUCUCUCUCUAUUCAUACCAGAAGAGCCCCCUAUCCGUUCCCCGAUGACCUGCUCUGGCUAUGCAGGAGUAACCCUAUUUUUCAUAGUUGGACAGUAUUCAUAUCAGAUUCGCACCUACAUUACUUCAUAUAUAUCUAACCUUAAUAUCCUUGCGCAGGUGUGAAUCGAUCGAGACUACGUCGUUGAGUCGUUGUUCCUGGUACGAUAUAUAUCAGGGGCGGAUCCAGGAAUUUUUGCACGAGGCGGUUUGUCAGGUUCUUGAGACAAUGUAUCUUUGGUGGGGGUGGGUUGGCCUCUCCCCGCUCCCCACGGCCUUGAAAAGUUUUGGGAAAUACAUGUCUCUAUCGCCCUUUUCACGUAUAUACAUACCCACUGAACUUUUUAAAGAAAACAAAAAAACAAUUUCAUUGAUGCAAAGCAUUAAUUGUGAUAUAAAAUGUGUCUAUAUCAUUAUCCCGCGCUUUGAAUGUCAAUCCCAUCCCACCAUCUGACGAUAAAGGAUAAAGCACACGACCGUGAAACUUUUCUUAUAAAAAGUGUUAUUUACAAAAACAUAUCUGUAUAAUUCUAUAAUAAUCACACAUCAUACUGUAUUUCAAAGCUUAAA